AGAAACGCUGCCAACACAAUCGACUCCCUCCAACACCGAAGGUCAGACGCAGACGAUAUCAAAUUUUCUUUAGGAAAAGAACUGCGAGAAGUUACAUUUUCCAGUUACUUGUUGUCAUCUUUCAAAAGAUCAAGCAGUUUAUAGUAGUUUACUGAAGUUUAUUGUGGAGACUUACGAAAUAAUGUCGAUCACGGUAACACUUCAACACUUUUAUAUCGGAAAGGUGUCCAUUUUGAAAUAUCUGCAACAUGGCUUCCGCUAGGAAGAAACAGGACGAAAAACACCUCAAAAUUUUACGAGAUUUAGUGUCAAAUCCUUCGAAUCGACAAUGUUUCGACUGCCAUCAAAGAGGGCCUACUUAUGUCAACAUGACAAUCGGCUCGUUUGUCUGCACUUCGUGUUCCGGGCUCCUGAGGGGCCUCACUCCACCUCAUCGAGUCAAAUCUAUUUCAAUGGCCACCUUUACACCAGAAGAGAUUGAGCUUAUAUCAUCACGUGGUAAUGAGUAUUGCCGUAGAAUAUGGCUUGGUUUAUAUGAGCCAGGCCGUAUGACUGAGACAAGAGAUGAGCAGGGAAUCAAAGACUUCAUGAUUGCAAAAUAUGAAAAGAAAAGGUACUACCUUGAUCCCUCAAUGGCUAAUAUGAAUGGGGCAACUUCUCCCCCGGCAUCCUUAUCAAGUUCAUCAUCAACCUCAACUUUAAACUCAUCUAAUGCUGCAAGUGCCAUCUCACCAAUUAAACCCCUUUCUAGUUUAGUUGGUAGUGUUACUUUGCCUGUUUUAAGUACAGUCAGCAACCCUAUACCAGCAGCCCCAAAUUCUUUUACUCCAGAUGAUACCUCUUCUGGGUUUUUAGUGGAUUUUGGUAAUAUGCCAUUAGCAAAUCAUACUACUAUGGCUGGUAACAAAGUCGAUCCCUUUGCCCUCCCAUCUACAUCCUCUAUUACCAAUACAAAUUCAAAUAUGAAUUUUGCAGACUUUGAUAACAACCCUAUUUUUGGCUCAUCAAAUGAAACAGACUUCUUUGGAAGUUUCCCCCUCUCAAAUUUUGAUGCUGCUCCAACCCAAUCUUCUACUUUUCCAGCAUUUUCUUUGAAUGGGGAUGCCUUUAGCAUCUCAACUAAAUUCAACCCUAAUUGCUGGAGGUUGCCUUCAAAUUCAAUACCAACAUCACAGAGUUUUCCUGGAGUGAGUCAAAAAUCAUCAAGUGGUAGUGGUAAUGCCUUCCAGCAACCUCCUGCAGAGGAUCGCUAUGCUGCUCUUAAAGACUUGGAUUGCCUUAUGAAGUCGCAAAACUCAGAACCGAGUUCAACUCAAAGUGGAGCCCAGCCAGACUGGAGCCAUGCAUCUCCUCCGGCACCAUCCUGGUCUGCUUUUGGAACAUCACCACAACCAGGAGGAUUUAACUCUUCUGGUUUCCCCUCUGACAGCAGCAAUGCUCCUUCUAAUGCAGGUCCAGGCACUUCAAAUCCUUUUACUAGUUCUGUAUCUAAUCCAUGGGGCGCUGCUGAUGGGGCUGUGGCAAAUCCAUUUUUAUCAGGACAAUCUAGACAGACUGAUCAGUCAUUAGGAUUUGCGUGGAAUGGAAAUGGCUCAGGUGUAGGACUGAAUGGCACAUCACCACUGAAUGGAUUUCAUACUAAUACCUCUGCAUUCCCCACUAGUCAAUCUCUUACUUUUCCAUCCAAAAGCUGGAAUACCGAGCCUGCUGGUAAUCCAUUUGUGAUGGGACCAAGAACCACAACUGGAAGCCAUUCUAACAACCCAUUCUUAUAAGGAUGAUACAUCCUGAGUAUGAGUUUCUUACAUCAUUUAAAAGCAUGUGAAAAUUAUCAAGUUUGACUAAGGUGUCAUUACAUCGAUUUGUGCAAUUUUAUGAUGUAUGCUUUUACUAUGUGAUUGCCAGAUAUGUUUUUCCUGAAUUUAAUUUUACACAUAACUUGAAAGCUUGACUUCAGUGUCACUGGUCAAUUCUGAUCCGGAGAAAUCUCUUUUACAUUCAAGACUUCCAUGUAUAAUGCAUUUCUGGUAUUCAUUAAUUUUAACUACUGACUCAGCUAUCAUGUCAAUGAAUGUAGAAUAUGCUAAUAUGCAGCACUAAUUGUGACAGCACCUACUAUUCUUUGAAUCUUUCUCUGUCAGUACACCUUACAGAAAAUCAUCAAUUUGUUUUUCCUCAUGUUUUUGUUAUUUAAUCAACAAUUUCCCUUAAGAACAAAUAGUGAAAUACCUUAGUUUCAUUACAGUAGUGUGAUGAAAGUGACAAUAGGCUUGUCAAGCCUUUGUGUGGGUUGCUUUUCAUUUUUGAAAAUUUCCCUACAACGAUAAUUAACUUUGUAGUCUAUCUGAUUGCUAUCCAAAGGAUUUGUAUCUAUUACUUUCUUAGAGUAUUCAUUGUAUGCUUCUUUUGUGAUCUACACAUGUCAUAUCACUUUUUAUUAAGCAUUUGUGUUUAUGUAGUGAAACCCAAUUUUCUUGCAGCAUGUAAUGCAGGCUUACUCUUUAUUUUUUUAGCAAUCAAUAUUACUUGCUCUGUUCAAUCAGUGGACUUAUGCAUCCUCUUGUUUUUCUGCAAAAACUUUAUUUGGUAUUGAUUACAUUUCAUGAAUGUGACAGUAGUCAUUGGGAAAAACCUAAUGUGUCUUUGACCUAUACUCAGUGAGCUGGAAGUCAUCAAGGUUAAAUGAUAUUUGAUACAUUUGUGAGUUGGUUAUAGUCUGAUCAGUUUGUGUUUUAAUCUACCAAUACUUGAAGGUGUUGUUCUCAUCAGCUUUACAUGUAUUGUUAUAACUCUUAUUUAUUGAUUGACCUACUCUAUAUAUUGUUAUAUUUUGAAUCUCCUGGGGACAUACACAUGAUACAAUUUUGUGACCUUUUCCAAAAUUCAAUUUUACCUAAUUUGAUGGUACUUUUGAAAAUCUUAUUGUGUAUUGGGUUGUAAUCUGCAAAUAUUGUUAUUUUUUUGUAAUUUAUCGAUGGUGCAUUGCAAGCAAUUACAGGUUCUGAUCAAUUUAGUCUCGGUGAAGCCAGUGAAGCUGAAGCCACUCUGUCAUUUGUUUUGAGUAAACUGAUUGGCUGAAUGAGCCAACUUCAAGCUGGUUUCGGCCAGUCAAAUUAUCCUAAACAAAUGAUGGGUUAGCUUCAGAUUCACUGGCUUCACUGAGACUAAAUCGAUCAUCGCUGCAUCAACCAUAUCAAGUGUUACUGGGAUGUAUAUAAACUUUCUUUUUCAUGCUUUGGGUUAAUUAACUUCUUUUUUUUUCAUGUAACCCUCUGUAGCUUGUUUGAUUUCAAAGGAACUGACUUUGUCUGGAAAAUGUGUUAAUUUCAGUGUUUAAGACAAUAUGAGUUGAAGCUAACAAAAUUCGAGCCAGUUUUUGGGUGAAUUAAAUUUUCUAAAACUCCACUCCUAGACUAAAUUUUACUUUUGCCUGAAUAUUCUGUAGGAAAACUUUGUAACAUAAGUCAUUGGAGUGAUGUUUUUUUUUCUUUUUUUUUUCUUUCUUAAGAUUGUAAAUCAAUUUACCAUAGUUAUGAUUGUUGAAAAUAAAUUGGUAUAUUUUAUUCUGUCAAUUAAAUCCAUCUGAUGGUUCUUUAGGUAGUUUAUUGUAGACAUGCUUUACUCUCGGAGAAAGCUGAGUUUAGUGUAACUUUCAAAUGAGAAGUAUAAAAUCUGUCCAAUAUCUUGAUUUCUGAAAUGAAUUUGUUGUGAAAACUAUUAAGUUUUGGCUAAAUUAUAUUGCAUGUUAUGUCUCUUAUCAGAUGGGGGUUAUUAUUGUCACCAUGUAUUUGUGAUAUUAAAGAAAAGGCUUAAAAAUUGAAUAUUUUAGUGAGGUAUUCUUGCUAAAGAGAAUGUUUUAUUUAUAAGUACUGAGAUUUUUAUAGUUGUGUAUAUGGAAUGAUAAUUUAUCUGUCACCUUUUCAUGCAAUCGUCUACCUGUCCAUAAUAUUAGGUGCAAGUUUGGUAUUCCAAAACCUCUUAUUCAACCAUCUAGUGAACUUGCCAUCUGGUCAUAAUCCUUGUGAUUUUGGUAUAGAUUGUAUUUUUUUAACACAAUCCAGUCCAUCAUGCGGUCUGAUAUGUUGUUCCCUAAGUCAUUGUGGCUGUUUUGAUGCGUGGAUGUGUAGUUCCUCCUACAGAACUAACUUGUGGUUUAAUGCCUUUCCAAGGUGGUGGGGGCAGUAUCAGCAUGGUUUCUGAUUCAGCAUUAUAUUUAUAGGAAAUUUAAUCAUCUGAAUUUGACACAGUUCUCACUCUGAGUAUGUAUGUGUUUUGUUCAGACUGUUAAGUAUAUUGGAAAUUUUGCUGGGUUUCAGCUCUAGCAGUUAUUAUGGCUGUCUCAUGGUUAUUUCUUUCUUGAACCAAUGGUCUGCUAUCUUUGUUUUCUCUUUUUGUGCCUUUUAUAUGCAGUGAUAUGAUUGCAUUCUGGACUUGUGUUCUGUAGGGAUGUGGAGAGUUAAAGUAUCUUAAGUACAGUAUGCUAUAGAAAAUGUUUUUAAAAUGUUUGGCUUCAGUGGGCUUUUGAUAAGACCUGAUCAGAUUCAAAACUUUCAUUUAUGACAUUGACCAAAGCAACUAAGUAUUGUUCAAUAGUGAAAGUUCUCCUAACUAACUUGGUUUGAACUUCUAUGACUAUUUUUGAGGAAUUUAUACUUUCUCCUCAAUGCUCUAUUCAUUUGAAUACGUAGUUUUGAUGGUGCUGCACUAUGUAAAUCCUUAACACUGUUUAAUUGUCAAGUGAAUUUUACUGUAGUUGAGCAGGUUUAUUAAAGCAACUGACUAUUUGGCACCAUCUUAUCUGACAUGAUGGAUGAAUUCACUGCUCUCUGAAAUGUAGUUAUAUUAUUUCAUCUUUGCCAAUGCAUCACCUUCAUUCCGUUAUGAUUUUGUAUUUAAGUACUAGCUUGUAAGAGAAAGCAGGGUAACCACUUACUAUUCUUGGAGUUAUUAGCUUUAGGAGUGGCUAAAAGUACAGCAGUUGAGCCCUUCUAUAAUGAUUGUCACCUUUACACUAAAAAUUAAUUUUGGAAGCCCUCUCAGACUUUUGUCUAAUAUCGCAUCGUGAUCUUGGGAAUGAGCCUAAACGAUAAGUCAAUGCUCUCUGCAACUGUAAUCACACUUCUUCACAAACCAAAAACUAGGAUGUGCUAUGUUAUGUAUCAAUGAGCCUUUAAGAUGUGUGAAAGAAACUCUCUUGAGCUCUUGUAUUGCUGAAUCAUACUGUAAUAUUUUGUAUUUAAAAAUCUUAUUUUUGUAAUAAUAGGCAUUUAAAAUAAAUAGAAAAUAUAAAAAUUGA